CAAUUUUGCUAAACAUUUACCGUUUGUAUUAGAACUUUACUAAGUAUUUUUAAAUCAAACUUCUUUCAUAUUUCUGGAUGAAUUGUCUCUUUGCCUUUUAAAACUAUUUUUCUAUUUCAUUUUCUGAAAAUACAUACACACACUUCGUUGUUCGACAGUUCUGGUUCUUUGAUUUUAUUUUUCUUCGUUUUGUCCAUGUUAGAGUUCGCACAGAAGUUGGCUGCGUUUCGAAACCAAUAUUUUUGGUUCAAGGCAGGUGUCCAAAGUAAAACAUAAACAUGUGGUGAAAAUUAAAUGUCAAAUUCGUUGGCGAAAUCCAUAAAUAAUUUUAUUUUUAAGUAAGUUGCUAGGCAAAUUGAAUAUAUACAAUUCAAUUGAUUCUCUUAUAAAGAACACGUAUAAUUUUAAUAAAAUACGUCACACAUCAUACAUGUAAGAACGGAUUUACAAACUAAUAACCAUAACGAAAAUUUCUGCAUUUUCAACAUAUCAAUUGAUGUAUUCACCACCCCAUUGAAAAGCUUAAACAAAUAAAAGAAAAGUAGUUUGGAAAUGUCAAAAGAAUUGAAACGUCACGUCAAAUGUAUAUCAAAAAUUAUUUUUUUAGAAAAUAAUCAGCUGUGUACACUUGUAAAUUAUUGGGAGUGUUGGCAAUUCGCAUUUUUUUUAAUCUUGAAAUAAUCGACUGACGAUAUGACGAAAAUGUAUUUGUUUCAGUUCGUAGCACUUGGUAGAUAGUUAUUACACCAGGUUGUUCUGUGUCACGUUCAGUGUCACAAUUGAACAGGUUUUUUUGUUUCUUUCUUUAUUGCCUUCGUUUUUUUUUUUUUUUUGAUUUAUUGAUCUGCAUGUUUUGGCUUGUUCAUGGUAACCAAAUCGCCGAAUUGGUGCAUCCCAAGGCUGAGUCAAAACAAAAACAAACAAAAAAUUCAAACACAAAAUAAGAUAAACCCAAUCGCAUCCUAGCAAUCCAAAAAUGCGGACUUUUUGCACAAACGUAUCAAUGACGAGGUAUAUCCUUGUCAGCACAAUUAUUUGUAGUUGCUUUACUAUCGCACAAUCCAUAUUGCCUACGAAUAAUAUGUCCAACAAGGAGAAAAGCGAACUCAAAGAGGAAGCAUUGGAAAUGUUCUACCAUGCAUACAGAUCGUAUAUGGACAAUGCAUAUCCCGCAGAUGAGUUAAUGCCUCUUUCAUGUCAAGGUCGAUACCGAGGCGUUACACCGUCGAGAGGAGAUAUGGAUGAUGUUCUAGGAAAUUUUUCUAUGACUUUAGUCGACACACUAGAUACGUUAGUAAUUAUUGGUGACUACGAUGAAUUUGAGCACGCUGUAAAAUUAGUCAUAGACAAUGUGAAAUUCGAUCACGAUAUCAUUGUAUCGGUUUUCGAAACGAAUAUUAGAAUGGUUGGAGGACUGUUAUCAGCACACGUAUUAUCAGAAUAUAUUCGGAAAAAUGAACAAGGGGAAGAUGCUCACAUGAAAUGGUACCGUGGACAGUUACUUGAAAUGGCCAAAGAAUUGGGUUAUCGAUUGCUGCCUGCAUUCAAUACAACGACCGGAAUUCCACAUGCGAGAAUAAAUUUAAAACACGGUAUGAAAUCGGAUGAAUUAAAAAACUCUCGUGAAACAUGUACGGCUUGCGCUGGAACCAUGCUAUUAGAAUUUGCUGCAUUGUCAAGAUUGAGUGGUGAGCCGGUAUUCGAGACGAAAGCACAUGCUGCAAUGGAUGCCCUAUGGAAGAUCCGACACAGAGGCUCAGACUUAAUGGGCACAGUAAUGAAUGUACAUUCCGGAGAUUGGGUUCGCCGAGAUUCAGGCGUUGGCGCUGGCAUCGAUUCAUACUACGAGUACUGCCUCAAGUCCUAUGUUUUGCUAGGAGAUGGACGCUAUUUGGAUCGUUUUAAUAAACAUUAUGCUGCUGUAAUGAAGUAUAUUUCGCAUCCACCACUAUUAAUGGACGUUCAUAUGCACAGGCCACACACGAAAAGCCGUAAUUACAUGGACUCGUUACUUGCAUUCUGGCCUGGUUUACAGGUUCUAUUUGGUGAUCUGAAGCCAGCUGUUCAAACGCAUGAAAUGCUGUACCAAGUAAUGCAAAUGCACACAUUCCUCCCAGAAGCCUUCACAUUCGAUUUUCAGAUCCACUGGGCACAACAUCACCUUCGACCCGAAUUUAUUGAAUCAACGUACUUCCUUUAUAAAGCAACUGGUGAUCACUACUACUUACAAGUGGCGAAAAAAGUUCUGAAAACUUUGCAAGAGCAUGCAAGAGUUGCCUGCGGAUUUGCUGCUGUAAAUGAUAUACGAACCGGGAAAAAUGAGGACCGCAUGGAUUCAUUUGUCAUGUCCGAAACUUUAAAAUAUUUGUAUUUGAUAUUCGCUGAACCGUCCGAAAUAGAUUUGGAUUUAGAUACAUUCAUAUUCACUACCGAAGCCCAUCUGCUUCCACUGUCGCUGGGUCAACUCGGUAAUAUAACAAGAACGAGUGGAGAAAGUGACGAAAAUGGUGAACAAGUAUUGACAAUGAAUUAUCAAAAAUCAUGUCCCAGUCCGAAGCAUUUAUUCCCAGAGACCGUACGAAAACCAUUGAAAGAUUUGGUGUCAGGUGUAUGCCCGCGUACUCCCAGCACAAAACGUAUCAGUGCGAUGGAAUUCAGAGCAAGCAAUGCUGACCACCGUCGCUCUGUCAGCGAUAUGGGAAUAACAAUGAUCUCAGUGGGCGAUGGAAAAGUACAAUUGAUGCACAGUUUCUACAAUGCCAAAACACCAGAAGAUGCUGAGAAGGGAUUGCUUUUUAUGAAAGAGAUCGUUGAAUUGUCCAAAUCUCAAGUUGCCACAUCAAUAGCGGAGUUACAAGCUGUGUUCUUCAAAAAAGAAUCAGGCGGUAUAGAACUGUUAAUGGCCGGUCCGUCACACUUUUCAAAAGAACUGACGGGCAAUGAAUCGAUACAACGGAAAGUUGUUCUUGCCGAACCAUUCAGAUUGUGUUCUCCACUGAAAACACGAAUUGAAACGGUCAAAGAUCGAAUCCUAGUUGUGGAACGUGGCGAUUGUACGUUCAUCGACAAAGCCCGAAAGAGCCAAGAAGCUGGCGCAGCUGCCAUAAUUGUGGUGGAUAAUAUACCUGGUUCUAAUGCAGAUCAACCAAUGUUUGCAAUGUCGGGAGAUGGAGUAGAUGAUGUAAAAAUACCGAGUGUUUUCUUAUAUAGUCGAGAAAAGCAUGUUCUCAUGAAAGCAAUAUCUAACAAUCCGGAUUUAGAAGUAAGCAUAAUGCAGAUGACGGGACUGAAAAAACGACUAGAAGCUACACUUAGCACAGAUGAAACAAAUACCGAUGAUAAAUCGUAGGUUAAUUGCCUGAGGAAAUACAAUUAAUUUUAGGCGCGUUCUGUGGUACGUUGGACGUUCUGCAUAUAAAAAUUAAUAAUAGAAUAUGUAAAAAGAUUGAAUAUGCAAUAUAAAUUUGCCUGAAUUUUUUACUUCCUAGAUUUAAGUUGAAAUGUGAAUGUUAUUUAAGAGUUAAGAUGAAAUUCGAAUAAAAUUUCCGAAAAACAAA